ACGUCAUUGUAGUACCAUAUCCUUAGUUGUGAUGGCGUUAGUGAGCAAAUACCCGCACAUGAACUUGACAAUCUAUUUAUUUUAUUUUAAUGUGACUGUCUUUUUAACCUUAAAUCGUUGCUUUUAGUAAUGUUCUAGUCCUCACACUAGUGUAAAAGAAAAAAAGAAACCACUCCAGAGAUACAACAAAAAUAAUCAAAACAUUUCGACAACCAAAUGUGGGUUUGGUUUCGACCUUGAACGGAAACGUAAAUUUUGAGGUUAUAUUUGUGUCUAAAACUAGCGAAGUAAUAAUAAUGAAACGGCAAACCACUAUGUCAAGUCCAAUGCCCCAUGAAACCUUCCCUUGUGUCAAAAACCUUCACACUUGCAAACUUUGCCCGUACUUUAGUACAUCACAGUUCCUUUUAACCAACCACGUUCGACGUCACCAUUCAUCGUUGCUCCAUUUCAACUGUGAAAAUAUCAACAUCGAGACUUACUACUGCAAGAACUGCAAUUUCCAGACAGAACUCGCACUACUUUUAAAACAACACGUCGAACAACACCAUAGCAUUAAAAAAGAAAAUGGUCAAGACUCAUCACAGUUCAACAUUCAAACGUACACAUGCCAGAAAUGUUGUCUCAAAACACACUUCUUACUAAAGUGGCUUCAACACGCUGCAACAUGUCAACAUAACCUACAAAAAUCGAAUUCAAGAAGAAAUACAGUGAAAGACGUCUUAACGUGGUACAACUGCGACCAAUGCGAACGCAAAUACAAAUUUAAACACUCGUUACGAGAACACAAAGUUUUGAAACACUUGAACGAAGAUCAAGUGCUUUGGCACCAUUGCACCAAGUGCUCGUACAAGUCACCACAGAGAAGACACUUGAAAGCCCACAUGUACUUGCGACAUACCGACGAAGAAAAUAUUAAAUGGUUUGAAUGCCAUAAGUGUCCGUACAAAACCAAACAACACAACAAUUUAAUCAGACACAUCAAUGUACACCACUUGGACGGAGAAGACAUUAAAUGGUACGACUGCAAAAAGUGCCCUUUUAAAGCCAAAAGCGACUCAAGUUUGAUUCACCACAUGAAACGUCACCACGUAGACGAACAAGACAUUAAAUGGUACAAAUGCAAAAUGUGUUCGUACAAAACCAAGUACAAUUUUUCUUUGCGACGUCACGUGAUUUCGCGGCAUUUGGAUGAACAGGAUAUUCAGUGGCACGCGUGCGAAAAGUGCCCAUUUCGGACUAAGCAUAAAGUGUGUUUGAAUCAACACAUAAAUGCGCGGCAUUUAGACGAACAAGAGAUUAAAUGGUAUGAAUGUCAACAGUGUCCGUACAGAGCUAAGCAGAAAGUGUAUUUGAAAAUGCACAUAAACGCGCGCCAUUUGGAUGAAAAGGACGUUAAAUGGUAUGAGUGUUCCAAGUGUUCGUACAAAAAUAAGGACAGGUCGACGUUGGGUAGACACAUAAAUGCGCACCACUUGGAUGGAAGGAGUGCCAAAUGGUACGAGUGCGAAAAUUGUGGCAUCAAGUUUAAGUAUAAGUCGUCUUUAACAAGACACAUAAAGAAAAGUGUUUGUGUUAAACAAGACAUAACCUAACUUUGUUUAAUAUAGUUUAUGGAAUAAAUGUCAAACUGCGUUGUUGCCAACAUAAUUUUUUAACGCUAAAAUGUUUUACUUAUUGACUUCA